AUGGCGUCAGACGGUUAUUGCGAUCUUGGAACAUUUACGACCCCAAUUACGACCACGAGUUUCAAAGCGCAGAAAUGGUUUGAUCAAGGCAUCCUGUGGUCAUACGGCUUCAACCACGACGAAGCCAUCAAGUGUGUCGUCUACGCUUCCGGGCCCAACCACAACAAAGUCUGGGCUUCGUUUGACCAGGACGACCUGAGGCAAUCGGUUGCCACAAGUCACGGCCUUUCUCGCGAAGCGAUGAGACACGUAGCCCACCUUACGCCAAAGGAAGCCGCCCUCUGCAAUGCGAUUCAAUCUCGAUAUCCGAGUCGCGACAUCCCGUUCGAUUUUGAAACUUCCAACCGAAGCUACGCAGAGGCAAUGAGAAAGGUCUACGACGAGUUCGGGCAGGAAGGUCUUAAUAAAAUGUUCGACCCACACACCGGCCAGCCUAUUGUUGGUUCGCCAGUCCAUGAGGUGACUAAACUUCUUGAGGAUGGCCUGAAGGAUCCGGCUUGCAGAAAGCAUCUGGGCAUUUUGCACCUAUACAUACACCACAUGGAAAUGUCUGCCAAUCCUGCUGUCGCGCUGCCUGCGGCCGACCUCUUGCGGCCACUAUGUCCCGACGGUGGCCAUCUGAAGCAUAUGCCUUCGCAUCUAGAUGUUCUCGUGGGAGACUAG